AUGAAGUUUGACGAAAUAAUUAAAAAGUAUGUGAGUCCAAUCAAGAGAUUUGAUCAUGUGCUUCCAAACCAUUACACAGCUCAAGAUGUCUAUAAUUAUUAUGAGGAUUUGGUAAUUGAAAUUGUAAAGUAGGCUAAAUUUAAUGAAAUUGAAUCAUUCACAAAAAUUAGAUUUACAAGAAAGUUUGCAGAAGUAGCAUAAACUUAAGAUUAAAUGGAUUGGUUAAACGACAGAGCAAAAGAGAUUUCUAAUGUUGCCAUGAGUUUAUUCAAACUUAGAUUUCCUUAAUAGUGA